AUGCUACAGCGGCGUAUGCUUUCAAAGGAGGACGAGGCAGCGGCGGGUGGCGACGAAACUGAGGUCCGACGUGAAGACCAGGAAAAAAUCAAUCGUUUCAGCAGAUUGCACCAGCGGGAAACAAUGCUAGAAGAGCAGCUAAAAACCAAGCAUAAAGAUAAAGAAGACCUUGAGGAGGUGUCUAUGGAACUCGAACUUGCUGAUGAGGACGAAAAGAUACCAUAUAAAAUUGGAGACUCAUUCAUUUCCCUUCCCCUCUCGGAAGCACAAUCUCUCCUCACAGCCGCCACGGAGCGAAUUGACGAUGAGGUCAGCAAGCUCGAAGAAAACUUAAGCGACGUGAGAGAUGAGCUACAGCAGUUGAAGGUUGCGCUCUAUGCGAGAUUUGGCAGGAGUAUUAAUCUCGAGACUUAG